AGUAGUAGUAGUAGUAGUAGUAGUAGUAGUAGUAGUAGUAGUAGUAGUAGUAGUAGUAGUAGUAGUAGUAGUAGUAGUAGUAGUAGUAGUAGUAGUAGUAGUAGUAGUAGUAGUAGUAGUAGUAGUAGUAGUAGUAGUAGUAGUAGUAGUAGUAGUAGUAGUAGUAGUAGUAGUAGUAGUAGUAGUAGUAGUAGUAGUAGUAGUAGUAGUAGUAGUAGUAGUAGUAGUAGUAGUAGUAGUAGUAGUAGUAGUAGUAGUAGUAGUAGUAGUAGUAGUAGUAGUAGUAGUAGUAGUAGUAGUAGUAGUAGUAGUAGUAGUAGUAGUAGUAGUAGUAGUAGUAGUAGUAGUAGUAGUAGUAGUAGUAGUAGUAGUAGUAGUAGUAGUAGUAGUAGUAGUAGUAGUAGUAGUAGUAGUAGUAGUAGUAGUAGUAGUAGUAGUAGUAGUAGUAGUAGUAGUAGUAGUAGUAGUAGUAGUAGUAGUAGUAGUAGUAGUAGUAGUAGUAGUAGUAGUAGUAGUAGUAGUAGUAGUAGUAGUAGUAGUAGUAGUAGUAGUAGUAGUAGUACUUGGUCCGCCCAUAGUAGUAGUAGUAGUAGUAGUAGUAGUAGUAGUAGUAGUAGUAGUAGUAGUAGUAGUAGUAGUAGUAGUAGUAGUAGUAGUAGUAGUAGUAGUAGUAGUAGUAGUAGUAGUAGUAGUAGUAGUAGUAGUAGUAGUAGUAGUAGUAGUAGUAGUAGUAGUAGUAGUAGUAGUAGUAGUAGUAGUAGUAGUAGUAGUAGUAGUAGUAGUAGUAGUAGUAGUAGUAGUAGUAGUAGUAGUAGUAGUAGUAGUAGUAGUAGUAGUAGUAGUAGUAGUAGUAGUAGUAGUAGUAGUAGUAGUAGUAGUAGUAGUAGUAGUAGUAGUAGUAGUAGUAGUAGUAGUAGUAGUAGUAGUAGUAGUAGUAGUAGUAGUAGUAGUAGUAGUAGUAGUAGUAGUGAACAGCCUGCAGCAUCAUCUAGGUCUCAAAGCCUAGAUGGGUCUCAAAGCCUUCAUGUUGCAUCGCCUCCUGCCGAAUCGUCGGCGGCUUCUCUCGACACGCAAUCAUACGAUGUUGGAGAGGAUGCAGGUGAGGAGGAUGGUGAUAAUUGGCCGCCGCCACGACCUCCUGUGACAGCGCCAUCUCACAGAGCUCGCAGCCUCAUCAGCAAUGCAGUCACGGAGUGUCGCAGGCGCCUGCAGAGUACCCGCAAGAACAGAGUUCGUCAAGGACAACAGACUCUCAACGACAUCAAGGACAGUUUGUCUGUAAGCCAACGGUUUCUGGUAAACAUUUGCAGUGGUGCCAGCAAAGGAGUCUCAUCCUGGCUCACGUCAUCACCAGGAGUUGUCAAUGGGACGGUAUUGAAUCGCUCGGAUUUCAGAGAUGCUAUCGCCAUUCGUUACGGCUUGCAGCUGGAUGGCCUAUCCCCGAAUUGUGUGUGCGGCAAGGCAAUGACAGUGUACCAUGCGAUGACCUGCCCUUGCGGAGGGUAUCCAUCCGCCAGACACAAUGAGGUCCGGGAUCUCCGUGCAGAUGUAAUGCGUGGAGUUGUUCAAGACGUGGAGGUCGAGCCGAAGCUCCUUCCAUAUCAGGAGGAGCAGCUCCAGGGGGUGACGGCGAAUCGCUCCGUUGAGGCUCGUGUUGAUAUACGGGCUCGUGGUUUUUGGACGCGGCAGCAGGAGGCCUUCUUCGAUAUCCGGGUGACGCACCCUAGGGCUAGCCCGCUGUCGUGUUCCAAAGUCACGAGUCAAUUGGAGCGUAACGAAGGAGAGAAGAGGCGGCAGUAUGGCGAGAGGAUCAAUACAGUUGAUAGAGGGAGUUUCACUCCGCUGGUGUUCGCGACAAAUGGCAUGGCUGGGAAGGAAUGCACCAUAUUUUUGAAAUAUCUGAGCAUCCUAUCGUACUAA